AUGGCCCUCGUUCGCAUCGGCAACUACCGGCUCGGCAAGACGCUGGGCGUCGGCAGCUUCGGCAAGGUCAAGCUGGCCGAGCACGAGCCCACGGGGAAGAAGGUCGCCGUCAAGAUUCUCAACCGCCACAAGAUCCGUGCACAGCAGAUGGAGGAGAAGCUGAAGCGCGAGAUCAAGAUCCUCAAGAUGUGUUUACACCCACAUAUCAUCCGGCUGUAUGAAGUCAUAGAAACCUCCACAGACGUCUUCGUCGUCACAGAGUACUCGUCGGGUGGCGAGUUGUUUGACUAUAUCGUCGAGAGAGGGAGGCUAGCCGAGGCCGAUGCGCGCCGAUUUUUUCAGCAAAUUAUAUCGGGAGUCGAGUAUUGCCACAAGCAUAUGAUUGCUCACCGCGAUCUAAAGCCCGAGAAUCUCCUCCUCGACGAGCAUUCUAACGUCAAGAUUGCCGAUUUCGGUCUCAGCAAUUGCAUGCGCGACGGGUGGUUUUUGAAAACGUCAUGUGGAAGUCCUAACUACGCCGCGCCUGAGGUUAUUUCGGGGAAGCUUUAUGCGGGGCCGGAGGUUGAUAUUUGGAGCUGUGGCGUGAUUGUGUACGCCUUGCUCUGCGGGACAUUGCCGUUUGACGACGAGAGUAUUCCCUACUUGUUCCGCAAAAUCAAGGGGGGGCUGUACAUUCUGCCCAGUUACUUGUCUGAUUCGAGCAAAGAUCUCAUCGCGAAAAUGCUCGUUACUGAUCCGCUCAAGCGCAUCACCAUAGAAGAUAUCCGACGACAUCCUUGGUUCCUGGAGCAGCUGCCUAGGUAUUUAGCUGUGCCCGUAAGGCCCGGAUCACACCUUGAGAAUGUGGAUGAUGAGGUGCUUGCCGAGGUGAUCAGAAGGACGCAUUUUCCGAGGGAAAAGAUUGUGAGUGCCCUUCGAAAGGGAAGAAGAAAUCAUUAUACCGUGGCGUAUCAUCUGAUCAAGGAUGCACAAGAUGAGCUCGACACAACGCUUGAUCCAGCUCUGGCAGCGUUGGCGGCCAGCGCAUCAUCAAAUAUAGUCGCGCCGCCGUUCCCAGGAGUCAACGCUGCAACCGGGCAACCUAAUAGUAUGCACGCUAACGGAACAGGCUCAAAUCAGGUUCCUGCGAGCCCAAUGAUUACGGAUCAAGCAAAUAAUCCAGGCGUUCAAGGCUCGUCUAGUCCGACGGCGAUGGCGUUGCAAACCCCACUGGUGCAUCAAGGGAACGGCCCUGUACCCGGAGGGGAUCGAUUAUACGGGGAAAGAGAAUGGGACGUAGGGAUCCGGUGUGCACAGCGCAACCCGGCCGACGCCAUGAUGGAGGUGUAUAGAGCGCUACAUGCAUUGCGCUGGCGAUGGAAGACACCCGCCAACCAGAGUUUUCAAAUACGGGCGCUUGUGGAGAAGCCGGGGCUCGACAGACCGAUACGGCUGUGUCUACAAUUGUUCAAGUCAUCGUCGGGGUACCAGUUGGAUAUCCAACGCAUGGACGGCGAGCUUAUUGCUUACUUUGUUGCUUGUUCAGAGCUUAUGCGGGAACUGCGGGUUUAGUUUGGUGUGGUUGGGGUUUUGGGGUCUAUUGUGGACUAUGUUUACAAUUGUUGGUUUCCUGCCUCAAGCGCUGAUGAUGCGAGAUUCGUAGUCUCAUUUGCACAGACACAUAGUAAAAAUUAAAAGCAGAGCAGGAGAUUCGCGCGCGCCCUCUCCGCAAUGUCCUCGCAAGAGGAUCGCUGCGCUAGAUAGUUGCCCGUGUGGUGCAAACGGGUGGUGCAAACGGAAUAGAACAACAACCGAGUCUGGGCACAUGCACCACUUGG